AUGACAGUGUUCGAGCGAUUCAAUAUCGAAGUGGUGGAAGGGCUACUGGUGAUCGGCAUGACGGUCUUUUGGCAUCGGAGUGGAGGGUGGGUGCGGUAG